AUGACACAGCAAUUAGAAUAUAUUGCUUUUGUUGAGGAAAAUAACAUCCAGAAAUUGGAAUCUCCGGACUCGUCUCCUCACGACUUAAAUAUUUCGUUUGGAACUGUAGAGGUCAUUGAUUGUAUUGAUGCUGAUAUCGAGAGCACAGAGUCGGAACCUCAAAAAAAAAAGCUUACCCUUUUGUCACCAUCCCAUCUGCGCGUUCUUUUAGAACAAACCGACUAUGGCAAACAAAUAUUAAAACACGCUACAACGCAUAAGCUUUCCGAUGCUGGCCAAAAACUAGUUGUGAACACAGUUGCACAAUUUCAUUUAUCCUUAGGACGCAAAACAACAGCAGAAAUAAUUAAUGAUCUCAGCGACGUGAUUAUUUGUGUAUUUCCUAAAGAGUCAAAGGAAACCUAUUACUUGCCGAAAGCAGGACGAUCGAACCCAGGUGGGAAGCUGUUUAGCCGAAUCAAUUAUAUAAAGCAGUCCGAACGUCAAAGAGCCAAUAAAGAAGCUGCACAUAUUGCUUCCAUAAUUGAAGAUGAUUCAAAGUCUCUAGAGUUGACUACGGAAGAGGAAAGCGCAGUGCAGUGGCUCAACCAAAACAUUUCUCCUUGGUCAACCGUACUCACACUGUGGGAAAUUAGUUUCAGAGCGAGGAAGCAAUAUUUGAAGCAAUCUAAUCGCGUGCAGCAGCUGAUCAACGAAUACCCGCAAUUGCAAGAAGAGUUCGGAUAUCAAUUGUUGGACAUUGAUUAUCGAAACCUUGGUUUGGGUGAUCCAAGUGAAUGUUUUAAAAAGUGGGAUACUAUUUUCGAGCCAGUUGCACAGUAUGUGAAUAAGAAUGCAAAAGAUCCAUCGUCAAAGCGCUUGUUGCAAGGUUUAAGAGAUGCCAGUUAUUCUUCCGACAUACGUUUGCUUCAUCUUCUCCAUGCUUUGAGUACAGUGCUUAUUCCUGUUAAGGCAUCAAAGGGAUUCAAACCAACAAUAUCGGUUGCACAAUCGGAUACUUUCCUGUUGGCUAAUAGCAGAGAUUCAGGCCGAACAAAACUCCAUGAUACACUGCAAAUAUUGGAGAAUCUAAAGCUACCUGCUUCUCCAAAAUUGGUAGUAAUAGGUGAAUCUUUGGAAACCGUUACGGGGCAAUGCUACGUUAUUUACAAAAACCUCGAGUAUGAGUUGCCUACUAUUAAGCGUGGGCUUGACGUACAAUUGAAGCUACAGAUAGUGCUAGGUUUACCGGUCUCGAGCCUUUCCAAAUUGGUUUGGAAUUUCAUAGAGAAAUUCGUGUAUGGAUUAGAUCCACCGCAUGGUAGCUAUUUAUCUGUAAUCAAAUUAGCCGAUUUCUUGAAAAAUGACAACAACAACAAUUCCGUGUAACGUACCUGGUUGCGAUUAUAAUUCUUGUUCGCUAGUUUUACAUUUGAAGCACACUGAAAAUGUGCAUAAACUUCCUGAAAAUAACUAUUUCAAAUGUCCUUUGCUUAAUUGCAUUCAAAUUUUUACGAAAUUUCCUAAUUUUAAAAGACACGUUAUGAACCAUACAUCUCGUUCGGAAAUCAUUGAUACAGUGGUGCAAGAACAGCAAAAUGAAACUAGUGAAUCAUUUGAAAACGACGUAUUACCCAAAUUAUUGAAGCUAGAGACAGUCACUAAUAAAGACAUUACACUUGAAAAAAAUUUGAUAUCAAUUCAACAAUCAGCUGUGCGAUUUACUUUAGAUAUGCAUAGAAAAAGUAAUUUUACUAGACAAGACGUGAGAGAUAUUCAGAAGGCUACCAAAAACAUUUGUGCACUGUUUGCGGAAAAGCUUGAUAACAUUAAAAUGGAUCAUCUAGAUACACAAUAUGAAUUGAAUAAGUACCUAGCACAAUUUAAAAACGCGUUUCACUUUAUUGAUACUGAUUUUAAAUUUUUGUCGCAUUUGAAAACAUUGAGUAUUUUUGAAAAGCCAACUAUUUACGUUUUAGAACACAAUUCGGUAAACGUCUCAAGUAACGAGAGCGGUAGAACUUCGUGUUUGGUUUUAAACCCGAUAGGUUUUCAAGUAAAAUCAUUUUUUGAAACCGCUGAGGUUCUCAAGGAGACUCUUCAACAUACUAACCAUCUGGAAAAAUCCAAUAAAAUCUCCCAUUUCGUCAACGCAAAAGUUUGGAAGCGAACAAAAGCAAUAUAUGAACAAAAUGAAAAUAACUAUAUUUUACCCAUUUGGCUGUACGCUGAUGAAUUUGAAGUCAACGAUGCUCAAAGUUCUCAUAGCAAAAUAGAUUCUGUAUGUGGAAUUUACUACAGUUUUCCGACUAUUCCUGACGCGUUUAGAUCUAAGCUUUGCAACAUAUUAGUUGCAGGUUUUAUAAGAAAAAUUGCAAUAAAUAUGUCAGGUGUUAACAAAUUAGUAGAACAAUUACUGGUUCCGUUUAAAAAACUAGAAGAAGACGGAAUAAUAUUUAAAUUAAAUUCCAAAUUUGUGAAAGUCCGAUUCAUUUUAUGUUUAAUCCAAGGUGAUAACCUGGGAGUUCACACAUUUUUACUGUUGUCAAGUGGAUUUAACGCCAAUUAUUAUUGUCGCUUUUGUUGUAGACAUAGAAAAGAUCUACAAAAGGAUAAUUUAGAGUAUCAGAGUUUUUUGCGUAAUAUUGCGAAUUAUGAAGCGGAUGUUUCUGUUGGAAAUCAUUCGGAAACGGGUAUUGUCGGAGACUCCGCGUUCAAUCAGCUAACAUCUUUCCAUGUAAUCGAUAAUCCCAGUGUUGAUGGAAUGCAUGAUUUAUUCAGUAAUGGAAUCUGCAAAUACGGUUUACUUUCCGCACUUAAUUAUUUUAUAUACGAAAAAAAAUUUUUCAGCAGAUCAAUAUUGAACACCAGAGUAAAAUUUAUAGGAAAGAUGUCAACAGAUGUAAGCUUGCGACGCAUACCUGAUUUUGAAGAGACAUAUAACACAAAAAAACAGAAAAGAGUAAUUAAAGGAAGAAUGACCGCGUCAGAAAUGAAAGCGUUUUGUAGAAAUUUUACUUUUAUCGUAGGACCAUACGUACCACGAGACGAUCCCGUAUGGACAUUUUGCAAAGUCCUUAUCAAAACUGUUGAUUUGAUUCUUCAAAACACAUUUUCAAACGACGACUUAAAAAUACUAAGAAACCUGAUAGAAUCUCAUCACUAUUUAUAUCAAAUACUGUUCGAAGAUACUCUUAAGCCCAAGCAACAUUUUCUUGUUCAUUAUCCUAAUAUAAUAACAAAAAGUGGACCAAUUGAUAAAAUGAAGUGUUUUAGGAAUGAAGCUAAGCAUCAAGGAUAUAAAGAAUAUGCUCAUGUUAUGUCUUCACGCUUGAAUAUUGCAUAUACGUUAAGCAUGAAAUCUUGUUUGCAAUUCAGCCACGAUUUAUAUAAUAAAAGUUUUUUUAAUUUAAUUGAUGAACAACAAUGGACAGUUGGCUUUUUAAUGUCACGACCUUACUAUUCAAAAAUUCUUCAUGAAUACCCAUUCGAAGUAGAAAGCAUGGUUUUGUUUAGACAAUCGUUUAUGUUCAAAGGUUCUCUAUUCAAAACAGGUCAUUUUAUCACUACAUUUAAACAAUCAGACUCAUUUAAACUUCUCGAAAUAGAAGAGUUUCUUAAAAAUGUUGACAAAGUGUACGCAGUAUGUAGCAAAUGGGAAUUAGGAGAGUAUGACGACAAUUUUUUAGCAUAUGAAGCAACAGAAAGACUUGAUACAAUGUGUGUCAUUGAUAUGGUAGAAGUUAUCGGUUCAUCAUUUGCUAUCCACGAAAUAGGGGAUCGUUAUCUAUUUAGACCAAAUGAAGAUUUUUUAUAGUAGGA